AUAACCUUGGUUUCAGUUGGAGAAGGUAAAUACCACACGAUCAACACUCAGCAAAGUGGGUCACACGAAGAUAGGCGAAGGACUGUUCACUUCUCUUUCAUUUCGUGUUGGGAUACGGCCCAGUGACAAUACAUCCUCGCUCUCGUCUCGACGAAAGACCUCUUCCAUUAGAGUGACAUCCAACAUGCACGUUGCAUUAGCACCACAGAUGUCGAAAGAGGAGCGCGAAGCGGCCAUCAAUCAGAAAAUAGAAGAAAUGCGCCGGAAAAACGCUUCUAUAACACAACGGUAUCAGGAAAUCGAGAAUGAUAAGAAGAACGCUGAGAAUUUCAGCUUAGAAGCCACGCAACGUACAAAGACACGUGUUACUCCAGCGAACGAAGAAAAAAAUAGCAGUACGGCUACCGAAACAAGCCAAAAGGAAACAAAUGCAAAUGCUCGUGCGGCUAAAGAAUCACGCAGAAUUAAGCCAGUCACACUCCCUAGCGUGCCUGUAACAACUGACUUUCGUCCACAACGGCUAUCAGAGAAUGAUUUGCCUCCACCCGAUCCAGUGUUUUCCUAUUUAACUGAUCGGCUACGUGAGGGAGCCUUUUGUUCGCCUAUUAGUCCAGCAGCGCGUCGCAAGCACAGCACAUCAUCUCAGGGUAGCGAAAUGAGUAUUGGCAGUAGCAACAAUUCUAGGAGGACUUCAACGACAUCCAACUCAUCAUGGACAAGUGAUACGUCGUCAAAGUACUGCGGUUUCGCAAAUUACCAGCCACCCAGAAAAUAUUCGGCAUGCCGCGAUUAUGUGCGCAACCGACGUAUGAGCGAGCAAAUGAUUUCGUCUGAAACCAGAGAGAAUGACAUUUGGCCUAACCAAGGCAACAAUCAACGUAAUUGUUACAAAGAUGCCAAAAAACCGUCUGAAAACAACACGACGCGUAACCGCCAACCCGAAAAACCAGCAACGGUGGCAUCUGAUGCAAACGAAUCGGAAACUUCAAUUACCUCACCGGUCACGCGAAGAUCUGGACGGCCGGCGUUGAGGAGAGAGUCAUCCGUACCAAGUUCGCGGUCUGAAAAUAUAACAAACUGGCGUGAUCGACGGAUCUCUUACAAUAGCACCGAGGAACUAGGUUUCACCUCGCUUGAAGAAGGUGUAGCACGUCUCACGGUGGCUAACGAAGACAUGAACAACAACAGCGACAUGAUCAAUCAUAAUUUACCGAUGCCAGAGGCAGCGUUCGAUUAGAAAAGCACUCUGCUUUUGACAAUCAUUUUCCCGUUAAGUUUUCAAGAAGACAAGUUCUUUUGACGUUUCAAUUUUAGAAUUAUUUAUUUAUUUAUUUUUUACUUGCCAUAUUCGGCUAAAGGGAGGUCACUAUUCGGUUUUCCUUUUAGGGGGGUAUCAUUUUAAAUUAAUCUCGACUUCAAUUUAAUUUAUUUAAUUUAUCGUUCCGAUGUUUUUCUAUUCUCCCUUUUUUUUUCCCGAUCCAAUAAAGUACUGGUACAGUUCAGUUCAUCAAA